AUGAGCAAGCCCUCUUACUCUACCAAAGAAUGCCAUGUCGCCGUUUAUGAUGAAGCCGCCGGUAGUUCCAUCGAGUCUGUCUACUUGAAGAAAAUCACACCGAUCUCUAAGAAGUCUAAGGACUUGCUCCGCAAGGCAGUCAGGGAUGCCCUCGAACGCUACUCUCUCAACAAGGAUGUCUUGAUUGUCGCUUCUCUCGGAGGAUACGUCCAUUGGCCGGAUGAUGUGUUUGUCGCUUUUGUCGACAACUUGCGAAGUCUUAACGCUGCUGAGCGUGUUGCUUGUGCCACCACUGACUGUAUUGUUCUUGUCAACAGCGAGGGAUUCACUGUCACUCUUCGUAUUCUUGGUGCAAAGAAGUUUUUCUUUGAAGGAGUGCCUGACGACGAUUCUGAGAAUUCGGAAGACUCAUUUGAAAUGGACCCCAAUCUCCACUCGCAGCAAGUUAACAUCGUGUCCAGCUUCCAUAACAUGCACUCUACCCCCAAACGCAAGUAG